AUGAAUAAUAAUAAUAAUACUUUAUUAAUUGCUAAUCAAUGGCAAUUAGAACGUCAAUUAGGUUCAGGUUCAUUUGGUGAUGUUUAUCGAGCAUUAAAUAUCCAAACAGGAGAAUAUGUUGCUAUUAAACUUGAAGCGAAUAAUUCUUAUUCACAUCAACUAGCAUUUGAAGCGAAAUUAUAUAAAUUAAUGAAAGGUAUACAAGGCAUUCCAAAAUUAUUCUGGUUUGGUGAAGAAGGUGAAUAUAAAUGUUUAGUUAUUGAAUUAUUGGGCCCAUCCAUAGAAGAUUUAUUUAAUUUAUGUCAACGACAAUUUUCAUUAAAAACUAUUCUAAUGUUAGUUGAUCAAAUGAUCUUACGUAUAGAAUGUUUUCAUAGAAAAUUUUAUCUUCAUCGAGAUAUUAAACCAGAUAAUUUUCUUGUUGGUAUUAACAAGGAUUCGACGAAGAUAUUUCUCAUCGAUUUUGGUCUAGCAAAAAAAUUUUAUGAUCAUCGUUUACACAAACAUAUUUCAUAUAAAGAAGGCAAAAGUUUAACAGGUACCCCACGAUAUGUUUCUAUUUCAACUCAUCUUGGUAUUGAACAAUCACGUCGUGAUGAUAUGGAAGCACUUGCUUAUGUUCUUAUCUAUUUUAAUCGAGGUACUCUACCAUGGCAAGGUAUAAAAGCAAUAAAUAAACGACAGAAAUAUGAAAAAAUUUGUGAAUUAAAAAUGUCUAUUACAAUAACUAAUCUCUGUGCUGGUUUUUCACCUGAAUUUGCAAUGUAUUUAAAUUAUUGUCGUCGAUUAUAUUAUACAGAUGAGCCCGAUUAUUUUUAUAUACGACAAAUUUUUCGUAAUUUAUCUUUUCGUCUCAAUUAUCAAUAUGAUUCGAUUUUCGAUUGGAUUCUAUCGAAAAAUUCAAUAUCAACAAAUUUAUCAUGA